GGGAUGGAGGCACUGAGGGAGGGGGGAAGCAGCAGUCGCUUGGGUCAUCUCCGCUCACCGUCGCAGCAGCAGCCACUCCAUCUUCCUGCCCUCCUCCAUCCUGCUACUACUACUGCUGCUGCUGUCACUCCAGCUUGCAGAGUGUGUCGCUGGUGCCGCCGUCAGCCAGUGUCAGCCCCACACACCGUCGUCAGGAAGGUUGGUAGCAGCAGUGUAUCGUUAUGGCAGAGGGGAUGCUCUCUCUGUCUUGGAACAAUCAUAGUGCAACGUUCACUCACACCCUCUCUACUUUGAGGGAGAAGGAGAGGUACACAGAUGUCACGUUGGCUUGUGAUGGGAAGUUCUACCCUGUACACAAACUUGUCUUAUCAACAUGCAGUGAAUACUUCAUGAAAAUGUUUGAAACAACACCAUGUAAACAUCCAAUUGUUGUUCUGAAGGAUGUUUACUGUAAAGAGAUGGAAGCCCUCUUGAGCUACAUGUACGCUGGAGUAGUUAGUGUGGCGCAGAGUGACCUUCCACAACUUAUUAAAGUAGCAGAAGCUUUGCAGAUAAAGGGAUUAGCAGUUCCUGAUGAAUCUCUCUGCAGUAACAUGAAGUUUGGCCACACAUGGAGCCCAACAGAUGACAGAAGUAGUCCUUACCCAAAGCAAGUGAGACGGGAGGAAAAUGGUUCUCAGACACCAAGAAUCAUAGAACCACGUGCUGGUAUUAGCCCACAAUCCCUGACUCGCUUUUCUGGUCCACAAGCUUUUACAACCAUUGGGUCAUCUUUUGGUAACAUGAUGACUCCUCACAGGUUUGCUCCCUAUCACAGAGAUGGUGACCUACAGCAUAUUCCUCACAGAUCACUUCAUAGACUUGAUCACAGGAAAGAUAAAAUCAUAACACCCAGAAUCUCUCACAAACCUGAACAUAAAUCAGAGACUAGAAUGAUUCACCAAACUAGUAUAAGACCAGCCCAGAAUUGUGAUCAAAGACUUGAUAAAGGUUCAAGCCCAAGAGAGGACCAGAUAGCAGAUAAGAAGACAGACCAUCUAUCAAAUGAGAGUAGAGUUAAAGAUAUUGACACUGAAGAUGACACCUCUUCUGACAUGCAGGAGGUUGUGCCAGUAAGUCUUGUUAAAGUUGAGGUCAAAGAUGCUGAUGAUGACGAACACAUCGAUGUGGACGACACUGGUACAAACUAUGGGUCAGUGUGUACAGAUCAAGAAGCAGCACAAAAGUUUACACCAUACGAUCAACCCAAAGUAGAAGCCAGUGAUGACACUCGAUGUGGAUCAUCAGGAACCGAAGGGGGUUUAGUUGAUGAAUGUGAGGUGAAGGAUGAGAUGCUGUUUGAGGAGGAGUAUCCAGCAGUAUUUUCUGAGUAUGGAAUUACCUGCUACCGUAGUUCAGCUACAGACUCACAGGGUAAUCAGUCCAGUGUAGACAAAAGUGAAGAACAAUCUGACACAUACUCCAGCAUUCAGGCUAGCUCCUCCGCUCCUCCACAACCUCAGCAUCCACACGACCCGAUGAAAGAUGAUGCUGAACCUGGACCCUCUGGCUUACAGGAACAGUUGAUGAGUGAUGCCAGGCGAGCCAUGCACAGUGUGUUUGAGAAUGCCUACGCUCUGCAACGAAGGGAAGAACUGCUGUUGCAGUACGAAGAAAGUGCUGCUAACAUGGAGCACCAGGAAGCCCUGCAAAUGGUCUCCGAGGGUUCUGACGCUCAGAGAGCAGGUUUGGAAGGGGAUCUAAGUGAUAGAGACAAUGCUUCAGGUGAUCUGUCCAACAAUAUCCACCAGUGUCCUGAAUGCUCCUAUUCUACCCCACGACAUUAUCUUUUAGUGAGACAUCUUCGCACACACACUGGAGAGAGGCCAUACCAGUGCCCUCAUUGUCCCCAUCGUGGAACUGAUAAAGGCAAUCUUAAUGUUCAUAUUCGUACUCAUACAGGAGAGAAGCCAUUUGCCUGCAGUCUGUGUCCUGCUCGCUUUACUCAGAAUGUCCACCUGAAGGAUCAUCUUUGUGUUCAUACUGGAGAAAAGCCAUAUGCAUGUCCACACUGUCCUUAUCGUUGCACUAAACAUAGUGGUUUAAGGAGGCAUAUUAAAACUCAUUUCAUGUUAGGCAAUCAGAAAAUGUGAAGAUUAAAAGUAUUAAAGAUCCAAUUGAGAACUAAGGAUUUUUUGCUCUCCUUAGAUGAUAACUUAUACAAUCAAUCAUCCAUUAUCCAAUAAUCUAUUAUUUGGUAUCCACCAUUAUCUGGCAGCCCUGUUAGAUUAAUUUUAUUGGGCAUACAUCAGGUCUUGUUCGAUUUAAUUUAUGUUUUAACAGUGAAACUAAAGCAAUGUACUCAGAUGAGUCUCUUUCUUUUCUCAUUCUUCCUUCCCUCUUUCCUUUAUCUUAUUCUCUUACCUGCCUAUCUUUCUCAUAUUCCUUCCCUCACAUCAUAUUUGACAACACUGCACUGGCAGAAGAAAUAAAGCUUCCUUCCUUUCUACUGCUCUCCUAUUACAUAUCCUGUGACAAUAUUGCAUGGGUAGCAGCAUUAGUUCCUCCCUACCACUCACACGGUAACUGUCACAACAUUCUUCACAUAUCCUCAUUACCCUAACACUGUUAAGAUGAGGGUAUGAGGCACCCAGGCAUGAUGUGUGGGAAAGCUGUAUUGAGUGUGGGAAGGUAGUACUGAAAACUAGUGGAUGCACCAGGUUGUGUAGCAGCGACAGAGGGUGUUGUUAGUCUUAUAUGAGGUAUGCUUCACACUCCAACUCUGGAGACACAAUGAACACAGUCAACUAGCCAUGAAUACUGCACAUUAUAAAUAUGAAACCUAUAGCUCUUGACCAAUCUUUACCAAACAAAUGAUAGCUCACAACACAUGUAAAACAUGGAGAUGCUAAGGGCAUUCUUUGAAUGAAUGGAAUAAAAAAAAGGAUAAACAGUGAAACAAGCUUUUAAAAUUCUCCUAUGAGUGAGCAACAUUUGAGCGUUUACAUUUCAUUGGAGAUCUAAACAGCAUUUAAGUUAAUUGCAAACUUCUGUGAGGUGUGCAUGAUUAUGUAUAUUUUGUAGAUUUUUUCUCCAUUUAAAUGUAGAUUAAUGUACAUAAGGUCAGCCAUGUAAUAGCUGAAAACUCAGUAUAGUGGAAGGAGGCGCAUCUUCCUGGCUCUUGUGGUUUUCAAUUUUAAGGCUAUAUUUAUAGAUAUAUAUAACUGAAUCUGGGAUACGAUAUAGAUAACAUGCAGUCUGUAAGAGAAACUAGUCUCUUCCAACCAUUUCUUGAUGCUCUUAAUAAUCUUGCCCCUUCCAUUAAGUUUAAAGCUGAAUGGGAAUCUAAUUCCUUGCUUCCUUUCCUUGAUGUCCAUGUCCACCGCUCAGACACAGGUUUUGCCUUUUCCGUUUACCGCAAGCCUAUGCAUAGUGGCAUGUACAUUCACUACUUUUCUUAUCAUGCUUCCUCUGUCAAGAAAAGUGCUCUUAUCUCCCUCUUUCUCCAUGCUCUUCGCAUUUGUAAUCCUCAGUUCUUUCAAUCAGAAAUUUCCAGUCUUCAUAAUUCAUUUUCCCGUUUUGGCUACCAUUAUGUAGACUCUGCCUUCUCAUGUGCUAAACACAAUUUCUUCUCUCCCAAACUCUCUACUUCUGGAAACUCUUCUGUCCUCUGCCUUCCCUACAUUUCCGGUCUUUCUAAUCUCAACAACUCUCUCCAUUCCUUAGACAUAAAACUUAUUUCCGCCAGACUAACACCCUCCACACCAAUCUCGUUCAUACCUCCUCCCUCUACAGAUGUUCCUGGUGUCUACUCUAUAUUUUGUUCCUCCUAUCCUCUUCAGUACUUCAGAGAAACUGGCCGAUCUCUUUCUGACAGACUAAGGGAGCACAAAAAUAGUGUUAGGCUUGCUGUCACAUCAGAGAUCACAGUCAUCCUAUUGACUGGUCUUCUGCUAAAACUGUCUUCCCUACUUCCAACUUUAACAGUCACCAUCUGGUUGAAUCCUCCCUAAUACACAACUUUCCUUGUAUGAAUCUUAGUCCUGGCUUCGUCUCUGUAGAUGCCUUCCUUUCCCACUACAUUGUAAAAUGCUCCAAACUUCAGAAUGCCCGUGACUUAACCUGAUUCCUCCUUUUUCUUCUUCUCCCUAUUCCCCUUUCCUCUUUCUUUUUUCUCCUUUGGGUUGUCUUUCUUCUGACUUGCAUAUUUGUUCCUUCAUUAUUUAUCUAUUCCCCCCCCCCCCCCCCCCCGUGUUCUUGCUCUUACCCUCUGAUCACCUAGCUCUCUUGCAGUGCUCUUCUUUCUUUGUAUUUGACUGACUCCUCCUCCUCACUACUACUACUACUACUACUGCUACUACUGCUACUACUGCUACUACUGCUACUACUGCUACUGCUACUGCUACUACUACUACUACUACUAGCCUAUAUAUACUCCCUUCUACUUUCCUUUUGUUAGUGUGACUUUGUAAAUGGUCCAAGUCGGACUGAAAUGUCGUCGUAAGCUCCUCUCAUCUAUGUGUGGGUUAUCUGUGUACAGUAAACUUCCGAUAAAACAGAUUAAUAGAGGUGUCUGCUCUAGCAAAAAAAUCCAUUAUGUUCAAAGUUUUGAUUAAGUGGAUGUAGUCUACUUAAUCGAUCAACUACUGGACAUGGGCAAAUGCCCAAUAAAACAGACAUAGUCCACUUAUUUGAUGGACUACUGGAGAUACAGUGGACCCCCGGUUAACGAUAUUUUUUCAUUCCAGAAGUAUGUUCAGGUGCCAGUACUGACCGAAUUUGUUCCCAUAAGGAAUAUUGUGAAGUGGAUUAGUCCAUUUCAGACCCCCAAACAUACACGUACAAACGCACUUACAUAAAUACACUUACAUAAUUGGUCGCAUUGGGAGGUGAUCGUUAAGCGGGGGUCCACUGUACUAAGAAUAAACAGUAGAGUACAGUACAGUAAUUUUUUUUACCUUUUCUGGUGGACAGAUUAGCUUACAGAUGUAUAUGUGGUACAGUAUUUCCAUGAGGUCUAGUGAUGACCCAGAAUAGCUUAUUCCGAGUCACUGAAGCUAUAAAGCUCCAACAGUAACACUGCAGAUGGUGAGGGAGAUAUAGAUGGUAUAGGAGAUGUAGAUGGUUCAGCAGAUGUAGAUUCUUGAGGAAAAGUAGAUGACUAAGGUUGACUGGCUAGUAUCUACAUUGUGUCAGCUUUUCCUUGCUUCUAUAAAUAUCAGACACUUUUGCUACACCAUACUCCUAACAUGUCCAGGCCACUGAAACACCAGCCUCCAGCUUCUUUAUUAAUUUAAGUUUCUGCUUAACAGUUAAGGUCACAUGCUUCCUUUUAGCACCAUCACUUGUUAAUUCAGAGGACAUUGUUAAUAACAAUGUACAUGACACUUUCAUAAAAUGAUUGAAAACAGUGUUAAUCAGGAGAAAAUUGGAGAUGAAAUGACAGUGGCACGAGCAAGCACACAGACAAUAAUAAACUGACGUGGGCAGUCACUGGCCUUGCUGCCCUGGAACAAUGAAAAUAGAUGUGUCCAGGAUAAAUCUUGGACCAUACAAACUUGUGAUAUCAGUCCAUUUUAUCAAACACAUGACUGGACUGGAUAGCUAUCUGAUAUAGUGGAUUUGGUCUGCUUCUUGGCAAUUUUAAUUGGACACCCAUUAAAUGUUGAGCCUCUGCCUGGCCAGAGUUUUUUCUGUCCAUGUUAGCCAAUGUCCAUUUAUAGAGGUUAUUUUAUGAGACAUUUACUGUAUUUAGGGAAAACUAAAAUUGCCUUGUUUUUUAUCAAUAUAUUGGGGUGAAUUUUUCCCAUCUUUUUCAUAGUCAUUAUGAAAAAUGACAUUAAUGCAAUUUUUGUGUGUUAUUUGCAAUUCAGUUGGGUGAUUUUUUGUAAAUAUUAUCAACUGGGACAUUUCAGAACAUCCAGGUAAACCAUAAACACAGCUCCCUCUACCUCAGUGGAUGAGUGCAUGGCUGUCAUGAAAUACGUAUUACAAUAUACAUGCAUGUGCAUAUGUAUGCUCAUGUAGGUUUAUAUAUAUACUUUUGGACACAUGCGAGUGCAUACACGUGUGCAUGAAUGCAUUUGCAUAAACUGUAUAUGCCUAUGUGGUGUACAUAUGUAUAUGUUUAGAUGUGUGUACAAAUGUACACUUGUACAUAUGUUUACAUAUACAUUCAUUUGCAUUUAUGUAUGUGUGCAUAUUACUGUACAUACGGUGUGCAUAUACUGCAUCUACACAGUACUGGAUUUAGUCAUGCUGGCCCUCACUAUGUGAUUAAUUACUACCAUUAUUAUUGUUAUUCCUGGUACUUCUGUGACUACUACUAAUUAUAUAGCUGCAACAUUUCGUGGUUAAAACACGAAUGCUGAGUAUUGUAAAUACAAGAAAAAUCAGCUACUAGAUUAAUUUUUUAUUAUAACAUAUAUUAUUUAACAAAAUAGAAGCCAUUCACAGGAGGCAUAGUCAAGACAUGCAGUGGAAAAAAUACCACACUACAGUAGUCCCCCCACAGAUAGCAGCAAACCCUAUAAGUUGUUUUUUGUUUAUAUACAUACCUAUGAUAAAGUUUAAUUGAUAAUUAUGCAUAAUAAGACAUUUUUUCAACACGUCGGCCGUUUCUCACUGUGGCAGGGAACCCAAUAAAAAGAAACACUCUCACCAUCAUUCACAUAAUCACUGUCUUUGUAGAGGCACUCAGAUACAACAGUUUAGAUGUCACUCCAAACAGCCAAUAUCCCAAACCCCUCCUUAAACCCUUUCAGGGUUUCGGCCAUACUAGUACGGCUUACGAGCCAGGGUUUUUGACGUACUAGUAUGCCUAAAUUCUAGCGCCCUCAAAUCUAGUGAGAGAAAGCUGGUAGGCCUACAUAUGAAAGAAUGGGUCUAUGUGGUCAGUGUGCGCAGUAUAAAAAAAAUCCCGCAGCACACAGUGCGUAAUGAGAAAAAAAAAAACUUUGACCGUGUUUUUGGAUUAAAACAGCGACUUUGCAUUGUAUUUUUGUAUGGUAUUUAUUGUUGUAUUCUAGUUUUCUUGGUCUCAUUUUAUAGAAUGGAAGACAUAUUACAGAAAUUGAGAUGAUUUUGACUGGUUUUACAAAGAAAAGUACCUUGAAAUUGAGCUCAAAGUAGCAGAAAUGUUCGAUUUUUACCAAAGUUCAAAAGUAAACAAAUCGUGCUAUGAGUCCAAUACACGUCAACUGGUGAGUCUAAUAUUCUUUCACAAGUGCGCUAAUAUUAUUUAUACUAUUUCUACACUAAUGCAGUAUUCUGCAUAACAGUAAAUCUUCUAUUUUUUUGUGAGAAUAAAAAUUCAAAGUGUAAAGCAAAAGAAUGUAAGAGGGGAAUGGGGACGUGACUAAUGAACAGAGGAAAUGUUAUUUUAGUGCCAGGAAUGUCUUUCUUGUUUAUUCUGGACCCUAUUUGGAAAUUGGCAUCUUUUGAAAUUUGUGUGAAAUUGGCAAAAUUGCUAAAUUCCAACCACUGUAUUGGAUAGUUGAAAUCGGUAAAUGAGUGGUUUCUUGUACUCAUUCGAUAGAAAAAAUGGAAUUCUAGCAAAGUAGUUAUGACUUUUGUCGACAAGUACACCUACCAUCCGACUUACGACCGAGUUCGGUUCCAAGAAACCAGUCGUAAGUCGAAAUGGUCGUAAGUUGAAUUUUACUACUGAAUAUCAACAAAACAUUUUUGUAAUGACUUUAUUUUAUUGUUUUAUUUGGUAUUUCAUGUUUUACUUUACUUUUUAUGCUGUUAGUACUGUAUUUUAUACUGUAAGGUUUAGGAUAAACACUGUGUACAACACAAAUAGUUGUUUAUUUCCCAGAAAUUUGGCAUAAAAAACUUGGUCGUAAGUCGAGUGGUCGUAAGUUGAGCAGGUCGUAAGUCAGAUGGUAGGUGUAUACUGGAAUUGGCCGAAAAUAGGGCUCAAAGUGGGCAAAAUCGCCAAUGCGUAAACAUCGUCGAGACCGCUAACUUCGCGAGAGCAUAAUUCCGUAAGUUUUCCAUCAAAUUUCAUACUUUUGGUGUCAUUAUGAUUGGGAAAAGAUUCUCUAUCUUUUCAUAAGAAAAAAUAAUUUUUUUUUUUUUUGAAACUUGGCCGACCCUGAGAACAAGUCUCUGAGAGGGCCUGUCGAGCCUGAAAGGGUUAAAGUGCAGGCACUGUACAUCCCACCUUCAGGACUCAAGUCUGGCUAACCAGUUUCCCUGAAUCCCUUCACAAGAUGCUACCCUGCUCACACUCCAACAGUUUGUCAGGUCCCAAAAACCAUUUAUCUCCAGUCACUCCUACCUAACACACUUACACACACACACACCUGCUGCAUGUCCAAGCCCCUUGCACACAAAACCUCUUUUACUGCCUCCAUCCUGUCCUAGGAUGACCACUACCCCUUCUCCCCUCCACUACAGAUUUAUACACCCUCCAAGUCAUCCUAUUUUGCUCCAUCCUCUCUAAAUAACCAAACCACCUCAACAACUCUUCUUUAGCCCUCUGAAUAAUACUUUUAGUAACUCCACACCUCCUAAUUUCCACACUACAAAUUCUCUGCAUAAUAUUUACACCACACAUUGCCCUUAGACACGACAUCUCCACUGCCUCCAGCCUCCUCCUUGCUGAAACAUUUACAACCCAUGCUUUACACCCUUCUUUGCCUCCAUGGAUAACAUUUUUUGUUUCCACAGAUACCUCAGUGCACCACUCACCUUUUUUCCUUCACCAAUUCUAUAGUUAACCUCAUCCUUCAAACCCAUCCACUGACAAGCCUACUCCCGAAUAUCUGAACACAUUCACUUCUUCCAUACUCCCUCCCACCAAUGUAAUAUACAAUUUUUCUUUACCUAACUCAUUUGAUACCCUCAUCACCUUACUCUUAUCUAUGUUCACUUUCAACUUUCUUCCUUCACACCCUUUCCCAAUCUCAUCCACUAAUCUUUGCAACUUCUAUUUGGUUAUUAUUAUAUUGAUGGGGGAGCGCUAAACCCGUAGGGAUUAUACAGCACCUGUUGGUAGGGGGGCUGGAAGGUAUUUGGCUCAAUUCAGGGAAAACUUCUAUUAGAAUUUCCAAAAAGCUCAGUAACAUCAUCAAAAAGUAACUGUGUCAACUCCCAUUCUGUAUUUGAUUCUCCAUAAUUUAAUCCCACCCCUCUCCUCAACACCCUAGCAUUAACUUUUUUACUACCCCAUCUAUAAAUAUGUUAAACAACCUUGGUGACAUUACAUAUCCCUAAGGCCUACUUUUACUGGAAGGUAAUCUCCCUCUUUCCUACACACCCUAACCUGAGCCUAUCUUUAUAAAAAUUCUUUACAGCAUUUAGUAACUUACUACUUAUUCCAUAACAUCUGCCACAUUGCUCCCCUAUCCACUAUCAUAUGCCUUUUCUAAAUCCAUAAAUAUAAAGAAAACUUCCCUACCUUUAUCUAAAUACUGUUCACUUAUAUGUUUCAAUGUAAACACUUGUUCGUGUGCAGUCCUGCUCUCUGUCUUACCUCUAAUUCUUUCAAUAAUAACCCUACCAUACACUUGACCUGGUAUACUCAGUAAAUUUAUUCCCAUAUAAUUUUUGCAAUCUCUUUUGUUCCCUUUCCCUUUAUAUAAAGGAACUAUACACCCUCUCUGCCAAUCCCUAGGUACCUUCCCCUCUCUCAUACAUUUAUUGAACAAAAGUACCAACCACUCCAUUUCUGUCAUGAUCCCAUCAGUUCCAGCUGCGUUACCCCCUUUCAUUCUACCUAAUGCCUCAUGCACCUCCCCCACACCCACAUCCAGCUCUUCUUCACUCCUAAAAUAUGUUAUACCUCCCUGGCCAAUGCAUAAAAUUACUGCCUCCCUCCCUUCAUCAACAUUUAACAGUGCCUCAGAAUAUUCCCGCCAUUUUCCUAAUACCUCCAACAUCCCAUCUACUACUACCCUAUUCUGUUUUUAACUCAGAUCCAUUUGUUCCCUAGGCUUUCUUAAGCUAUUUAUCUCACUACAAAAUUUUUUCUUAAUCUCAGCCAAAUUUGUUGACAACGUCUCGCCCACUUUUGUCAUUGUGGUUGUAUACGAGCCUCCGGAUGCAACUUCCCAGCAAUUCUGGGAACAGCUUUUGAAAACUGACCACUGUCUGGAAAAUCUCCUAACUCCUGCCCCAAACAUCUUGCUACUGGGAGAUAUCAACUUGAGACACCUAAAAUGGAGGAGUGCAGCAAAUAAUAUUUUAGCAGAGAUCACCCCAGGAGGCAGCGCAGAUGAAAAUUCACACACACACGAGCUAUUAAAUCUCUGCACCAAAUUCACCUUAAACCAGCAAAUAUUAGAGCCUACAAAAUUUGAAAAUACACUGGACCUCAUCUUCACUAACAGUGACGAACUGAUACGUAAUAUGUAUAACCACAUCAAAGACAAUACACUCAGAUCACAACAGACAUGUAAGCACAGGGCUCCUGACCAGCAAAAUGUGAUCAGUCAUGAGGGUGUCUUCACAAAAUUCAACUUCAGUAACAAAAACACAUUGGGAACAAAUCAACCAUGUCCUAAAUGAAACAUGAUGUGAAGAUAUCCUAAACAACAUGGAUCCAAACCUUCGCCUAGAAAAAACAAAUUGUGAUUCUUGAGAUCUGCUCAAUGCACAUUCUGUUAAGCAAAUGAAAGAGAAGAUGUAAACUAGAAAGAGAGAGACACUUCCUGUACAGACGAAGGCAAAGAGUCACAGAGCUCCUGAGAGGGGCCAAUAUGUCUGAAAUACGAAGGGAGGCACUGGUCAAUGAAAUUGCAAAUAUCAGACUUUAGCUGAAGGAAUCUUACAAGAGACAAGAAUUGCAGAAAGAACUAAAAUCCAUAAAGGAAAUUGAAAAAACAAAAACAAAAUACUUCUUCUCUUAUGUCAAAUCUAAGGGGAAAAACAACAUUCAGUAUUGGGCCCCUGCUUAGGCGAGAUAAGACAUACACAGAUGACAGCCAAGAAAUAAGUGAGAUAAUAAAGUCCCAAUAUGACUCAUGUUUAGCAAGCAGCUACCCAGACUAAGGGUUGACAGUCCAGAUGAAUUCUUUAUGAAUGAGACCCAAACUUUGGUCAUCUCAAAAAUCUUGGAUAUUAUCCUAACACCACAAGACUUUGAAAAGGCAAUAAAUGACAUGCCCAUGCACUCUGAACCAGGCCCAGACUCAUGGAAUUCCAUGUUCAUCAAGAACUGCAAGAAGCCACUGUCACGUGCCUUCAGCAUUCUAUGGAAAGGGAACAUGGACACGGGUCAUCCCACACUCACUAAAAACAACAGACAUAGUCCCACUCUACAAAGGUGGCAGUAAAGCAGUUGCAAAGAACUACAGACCGAUAGCACUAACAUCCCAUAUCAUAAAAAUCUUUGAAAGGGUUCUAAGAAGCAAGAUUGCCAACCACCUAGAUACCCAUCAGUUACACAACCCAGGGCAAAAUGGGUUUAGAGCAGGUCAUUCCUGUCUGUCUCAGCUACUGGACCACCAUGACAAGGUCCUGGAUGCUGUAGAGGAUAGCAAAAUGCAGAUGUAGUAUACACAGACUUUGACAGGUGUGACCAUGGUGUAAUAGUGCACAAAAUGCGUGAUAAAGGAAUAAGAGGAAAAGUUGGUAGAUGGAUCUAUAACUUCCUGACAAAUAGAACACAAAAAGUAAUAGUAAACAGAGUAAAGUCCGAGGCAGCUACGUUGAAAAGCUCUGUUCCACAAGGCACAGUACUCACUUCCAUCCUAUUCGUCAUCCUCAUAUCUGACAAACAAGAGGUGUAAGCCAUAGCUCCGUGUCUUCCUUCCCGAAUUGCCAUGGCAGUGACCUCCUUCAAAAACACCACAAAAGUCCAAGCAAACAUAAACCAAAUCUUCAAAUGGGCCACUCAAAACAAUAUGAAGUUCAAUGAAGAGAAAUUUCAAGUACUCAUAUAUGGAAAACUUGGGGAAAUUAAAACUGUAUCAGGGUAUGCAACAAAUUCCAUCCAUACAAUAGAAUGAAAAAGUAAUGUGAAGGACCUGGGAGUGAUAAUGUCAGAGGAUCUUGCCUUCAAAGACCACAGCAAUGUAUCUACCACAUCUGCUAGGAAAAUGAGAAGAUGGAUAAUAGAGCUUUCAAAACUAGGGACGCCAAGCCCAUGAUGAUUCUCUUCAAAUCGCUUGUUCUCUCUAGGCUGGGAUACUGCUGUACACUAACUGCCCCCUUCAAGGCAAGUGAAAUUGCUGACCUGGAGAGUGUACAAAGAACUUUCACAGCACACAUAAGUACCAUAAGGCACCUAAAUUACUGCUCCCAACUCAACCAAUUAUGUAAGUGUAUUUUUGUAAGUGCUUUUAUAAGUGUAUUUUUGAGGGUCUGAAAUGAACUAAUCUAAUUUACAUCAUUCCUGAUGGGAAUAAAUUCGUUCGGUAACGGCACUCAAACAGCCAUCUGGAAUGAAGAAAGUUCGAUAUUUGAGGUUCCACUGUACUGGGAAUGGUUGAAGUCCCUGGAAUGCAGGCGAGAGAGAUACAUGAUAUUACUAUACACUUGGAAAAUCCUAGAGGGAUUAGUACCAAACUUGCACAUGGAAAUAACUCAAAAUGAAUGCAAAAAACUCAGCAGGAGAUACAGCAUUCUUCCAUCUCUCUUCCUCCUCCUCUGCAGCAAGAUUUUGAGCUGCGAUCUGUUGCUGUUCCUGCUGAAGCUCUUGCAGCUCCUCAGUGGUUAGCUCUUCAUUGUGGUCUUCCACCAACUCUUCCACAUCCUCCAAACUCACAUCCAACCCCAUGGAACUCCCCAAUGCCACAAUAGAUUUCACAAUUGACAUAGGCUCAUCAGGGUCAGCCACAAACCCUUCAAAAUCCCUCUUGUGGACACAAUCUGGCCACAAUUUUCUCCAAGCAACAACAGCUUCCUUGAUUUUCUUUUUCUUUGCCACGAUGGAAGAUAUGGUUGUGUGGAGUUUGUUAUACAUCCUGGCCAGUUCAGCCACAUGUACGCCACUUUCAUAUUGUUCAAUGAUGUUUUUCUUAAAUUCAAUCGUAUUUCUCACCUUUACCAAAGGCUUGGCACUAGGAGCUUUCUUUGGAGCCAUGGUAGCUUAUUUAGCACUUGCAAGCACUAAAAUGAAUGGAAUAUUAUGAAAUAUUUCGUAUGAACAAGUGAGGGGGCCGUCGCUCACUGGUAAACAAUGCCACACUGGCUGGGAAGGGAGGCCGAGGUGGCUCAGAGCCGUGAGUAUGCAUCCAGGACGAAUGGCGAUUAUCGAGUCAACCAACCAUUUGCGAGCCAAUGUUCGGACGAAAAUAACGCAAUGAUUUCCAAAAAGGAUGACUAUCGAGCCCGACGAUUAUCGAGGGAUCACUGUACUACUCACCUCUUGCCCUACAUUAAGAGUACAAAUAUUUUAAGGUAAGUAAUGAGUGUACUGUGUGUGUAUUUUACUUUUUAUUGUUUAUAAUGCCUAGUUCUAUUGCUAACUUAAUUUAUGUUAGUGUAAAUUUGUUAUCUGGCAUUUGUAAGUGGAAAAAAUGUCAUUCAGCUUUCCGGCGAUGUCCACUUUCCGGCAGUAGCCUGGAACCUAACUUGCCAUAUAAGUGGGGCCUUACUGUAUCUACAACUAAAUAAUGAUCCGAUAUAUCUGUUGCCCCUCUAUAAACAUGCACAUCUUGAAAUCUAACCAUCAACCUUUUAUCUAUCAGUACAUAAUCUAACAAACUACUUUCAUUACAUGCUAUAUCAUGUACUUAUUUAUCCUCUUUUUCUUAAUUUAUGUAUUACUUAUUACCAAACCUCUUUCUAUGCAGUGGACCCUUGACCAAUGGCAUUAAUCUGUUCCAGAGAGCUAGCCGUUAGUCGAAUUUGCCGUUAAUCGAAUUAAUUUUCCCCAUAAGAAAUAACGGAAAUAGAAUUAAUCCGUUCCAGACACCCAAAAGUAUUAAACAAAAUAAUUUUUUACGUGAAAUACACAUUUCCCUAUACAAAAAUGAAUGGGACAUGCAAUAUAAACAGUAAUUAAAUGCCACUUACCUUUAUUGUGGAGCUGUUGAUGAGUGAUGUGCCAGCAGCAGGGGAGAUUGAGGUCUUUUAUUGUUUGGAAGGGGAAUCCCCUUCCAUAAAGACUUGAGGUACUAAGUCCUUUGGUGGGGUUACCUUCCUUCUUGGUUUUCUAAUGUCACUAGGACCAGCUUGAGAGUCACUGGACCCCUGUCGCACCAAAAAUCUGUCCAGAGAGCUCUGUUUCUCACGUGCCCUUAGGAUUUCCCUAAAAUGGGACACAAGUGUCAUUGUAUAUGUUGCCAAUACAGCUUGCAACAGCUGUGACAGGAUAAAAUUCAUCCAUAAAUGCUUGCACCUUUGUAAACAUUGUACACAUUUCCCUAAUCCUUGACGAAGAUAUCUUUCUCCGUCUCUCUUCCUCCUGCACUGAAGAACAUUCCUGAGAUAUGAUCUGCUGCUGUUGCACCUGAAGCUCUUGCAGGUCUGCAGUGGUUAGUUCUUCCUCGUCAUUCUGCACCAAGAUAGUACUGAUGGUUGAAUGGGCAUACGCACUCCACUUUCGUAUUUUUCAAUGAUCCCUUCUUCAUUUCCAUCGUAAUUCUCACCCUUUUUACCACAGGCUUGGCACCAGAAGCUUUCUUGGGGCCCAUGGUGGCUUAUUUAGCAGUUACAAGCACUAAAAACACUGGAAUAAUACAAAAUAUAUCGCAAAGUACACGUGGGAUCGACCGCAACGGCUUGUAAACAAUGGCACACUGAGUCUUGGAGUGGCUGGGCCCGCUCAGGCUGCGCUCCGGCCGCAUGGACACAUUCGGGACGAACGCCAUUAGAUGAGUUUUUUGCUGUUGGUGGAGUAAUUUUUUUACGCCAAAGAGCACCGCUAGACGAAUUUGCCGUUACUUGAUGCUGCCAUUAGUUGAGGGUCCACUGUACAUAUCUCAAUUAAAGGACCUCAUUUUCAUUUACCCCUGGCACCCCAAACUUACCUACUACUCCAUACACAAAAGUUUUACCCACUUUAGCAUUUAGGUCCCCCACCACAAGUGCAUACAUUGUACAUUAUUAUUAUUCAUUCAUUCAUUCUCUCUCUCAUGAAUAAAUUAAUAAAUGGGAUUCUGACAUUUUAACUUAACCCUCAAGGGACAAUGGAGCAAGGAAAAAUAUCUUGUACACAGUUUAAAUACCUUUACAUUUAUUUCUUAACCCCUUGACUGUCGCAACCCUGAAUCUUCAGGUGUCUCCUGGUGUUGCAAAAUUUAAAAAAAAAAAAAUUAUUUUUUCUUAUGAAAUGAUCUUUUCCCAAUUGUAAUGACACCAAAAAAAAAAAAAAUCUGAUGGAAAACUGAAUUACGCUCUCGGGAAGUUAGCGACCUCGGCGAUAUUUAGAAAUUGGCGAUUUUGCCCACUUUGAGCCCUUUCUGCAGCUAAUUCCAUUGUUCCAGUCGACCAAACUCAUAGCUAUUUCUUUAGAACUCUAUUUUUUCUAUCGAGUGAGUACAAGAAACUGCCCAUUUACCGAUUUCAACUACCCAGUAACGUGGUCAGAAAUUUGCAAUUUGGUCAGUUUCACAAAAAUUAAAAAAUGUGACAAUUUCAAAAUAAGGUCCAGAAUGAACAAUGCAGACAUUCCUGGCUUUAAAAUAGCAUUUUCGUUGUAUAACAGUCACGUCUCGAGGCCCCUCUGAUAUAACUCUUGCCUUUCUAUUUUGAAUUUUUAUUCUAACAAAAAAUAGAAGAUUUAUUGUUAUGCAGACUACUGCAAUACUAUAAUAAUUGUACAGAUAAUGUCAGCCCAUUCAUGACUGCAUAUUAGAAUUGCUAGUUGGACAUUUAUUGGACAAUGACAUCAUUUGUUUACUUUUGAACAUCAGCAAAAAUUAAGAAUUUCCCCUACUUUGAGCUCCAUUUCCAGGUUCUUUUUAUAGUAAAACCAAUCAAAAUCACCUCUAUUUCUAUAAUAUGUUUCCAUUCUAUCAAAUGAGACCAAGAAAAUGAGAAUAAUUUUUACCACAUGAAAUAUUAAUUUUAAUACACACAAACUGAAGAAGACAUGUACAAUUACAUGACACUUACCUUUAUUGAAGAUCUGGUGAUGAUUGAUGGGAUGGGAGGAGGGGAGAGUGUGGAUGGUGUUAGUGUUUAGAAGGGGAAUCCCCUUCCAUUAGGACUUGAGGUGUCAAGUCCUUUUCCGGGGUUACUUCCCUUCUUCUUUUAAUGCCACUAGGACCAGCUUGAGAGUCACUGGACCUCUGUUGCACAACAUAUCUGUCCAUAGAGGCCUGUACCUCCCGUUCCUUUAUGACAUUCCUAAAGUGUUUCACAACAUUGUCAGUGUCACAAUUAAACACUUGUUCAAUUUUCAAUUCUUUACUGUCUAUGUACUCCUUGAAUUCCUGCAUAUAUUUUUCAGCUGCUUUUUGGUCUGAACUGGCAGCCUCACCAUGCCACUAUGAUUCUUAAAUCUCUCAAACCAACCUUUGCUGGCCUUAAAUUCACUCACAUCACCACUAGUUGCAGGCAUUUUUCUAAUUAAAUCGUCAUGCAACUUCCUAGCCUUUUCACAUAUGAUCGCUUGAGAGAUGCUAUCUCCUGCUAUCUGUUUUUCGUUUAUCCACACCAAUAACAGUCUCUCAACAUCUUCUAUCACUUGCGAUCUCAGUUUCGAAAACAUAGUUGCACCUUUGGCAAGAACAGCUUCCUUGAUUGCUGUUUUCUUGGCCACAAUAGUAGCAAUGGUUGAUUGGGGUUUUGUUUACAACCUGGCCAGCUGGAGAUAUGCACUCUACUUUCAUACUUAGCAAUGAUCUCUUUCUUCAUAUCCAUAGUAAUUCUCACCCUUUUUGCUCUAGGGUUGGCACUAGAAGCUUUCUUGGAGCCCAUGGUGACUUAUUUUGCAGGUGCAAUCACUAAAAACACUGUGAUAAUAUGAAAUGUUCUGAUUGUAUGUUUGGAUGGGACCACGGUGGCUGGCUGGCUUGAAAACACUGGCCACAAGUGGACGCGUCUCGAACGGAACGAAUUGUGUUGGUCGAGUUUUUAAGCGCUAGUCGAGGCAAAAUUUUUGCGUUAAGAUGUAUCGCUAGUCAGAUUUAACGUUAGACGAUGCCAUCGUUGGCCGAGGGUCCACUGUACUUGUUUACCGAUGACUCGGGCUUACGACAGGCUCUCUGACCAGUAUGCAUACCUAAAUAAUGUAUAUUAGAGUUGAUUUUCUCUAUGCUGUUUAUUACAAUAUACAGUACAUUACUGUAUAAACAUUUUAAAAUACAGUGGUACCUCGGGAUACGAAUUUAUUUUGUUCCAGAAGGCUGUUCGAGUGCCAAUACCAAAUGAAUGUGUUCCCAUAAGGAAUAAUGUAAAUUAGAUAAAUCCAUUUCAGACCCCCAAAAAUACACUUACAAAAGCACUUACAAAUACACUUAUACAGUGGACCCCCGCAUAACGAUCACCUCCGAAUGCGACCAGUUAUGUAAGUGUAUUUAUGUAAGUGCGUUUGUACGUGUAUGUUUGGGGGUCUGAAAUGGACUAAUCUACUUCACAAUAUUCCUUAUGGGAACAAAUUCGGUCAGUACUGGUACCUGAACAUACUUCUGGAGUGAAAAAAUAUCGUUAACCGGGGGUCCACUGUAUAAUUGUUCGAGUUUUGAGCUGUUCAUAUCCCGAGGUACCACUGUAUACUAAACAUGUUAAAAUGGUGCAAAGAUGACAUUAAAGCAAUAUCAAAGAUGGUUGACAUAAACCCACUACCAUUAUAGUAUGCUCCUCAUUUAGCGACGAAUUCAUUUACCGAUGCAGUAUUAGGAAGAGAUCUAUGUCGUUAAGUGAGGAGAGGCUGUAUUCAAGAAAACAGGGUCAAGCAUAUUACUUGGGAGAAAACAUUUCCUUUGUAUUUUUUUGAGAGCGACUGAUGCUGUUCAUCUGCAAAAGCAUACGAAAGGAGUAUUGUUCUACACUUCUUCUGCAGUCCCCCCCCUGCCCCCUUCAUAAACACAGAUUCUCUAGUUGAAGUGGGUCAGAGAGAACAUAAUACUAUAGUCAUCAGCGCAAACUCCAGUAUGUGCUUGCGGGUACCACAUCUCACUAUUAAGACAAUUUCCUUCCUUAUGGCUGUUUGUAUUAGGUUUUUAUAUGUAGUAUGUUUCUUAUAUAAUUCUGAAAUAUUAAAAUUGUCAAUAAUUGCCUUAAUACGGUAUAUGACUUUAUAGUUUCCCAGAGCGACAUCUGGAACAAGCUCCACCCACUUUGUAAAGAAAAAAGAAUUGCUGAAAAAUUCACUACACAUGCCAGAAUAUACAGGUUGCCCAUCACUAAUCCAGCAGUCACUAAUCUGGCACUAAUUUCCACUAGCGUACUUUCAAAUUUCCUGGGUCACCUCACCAACCUGCUGCCACUUGCUGCAUAAACACUGUUGGUGUCACUUGCAAACACAGUCAAGCCAUUCCAAACUUUAGCCAACUUUGUGGUGUAUUUUCAUAUGCUUUUUAUUGUUGUAUUCUCAGUUAUUUGGUCUCAUUUGAUAGAAUGGAAGAUAUAUUACAUAAAUAGAGAUGAUUUUGACUGGUUUCAGGAUGGAAAGUACCUUGAAAUUGAGCUCUAAUUAUCAGAAAAGUUCAAUUUUUGCUAACGUUCAAGAGUAAAAACUCACAUCAUGCAUCCAAUACAUGUCUAACUGGCCGGUCUAAUAUGCAGUCAUGAAUGGGUUGACAUUAUUUAUACAAUUAUUACAAUAAUGCAGUAGUCUGCAUAACAGUAAAUCUUUUGUUUUUUGUGUGAAUAAAAUUCAGAAUGGAAAGCAAGCAUAACGUAAGAAGGGCCUGGAGACAUGAUGUUAUUUUAGUGUCAUGAAUGUCUGCAAUGUUUAUUCUGGACACUAUUUUGAAAUAGUCAUCUCUUGAAAUUUGUGUGAAAUUGACCAAAUUAUCAAUUUCUGAUCACUUCAUUGGGUAGUUGAAAUAGGUAAAUGGGUGGUUUUUAGUACUUAGUCAACAGAAUAGAAGGAAUACUAGCAAAAUAGCUAUGAGUAUAGUCAACUGGAACAGUGGAAUUGGCCAAAAAUAGGGCAUAAAGUGGGCAAAAUCGCUGAUGCGUAAAUAUCGCUGAGGCCGCUAACUUUGCGAGAGCAUAAUUCUACUAGUUUUCUAUCAAAUUUUGUACUUUUGGUUUCAAUACCUCCAGAAAAAGAUUCUCAUUUCAUAAGAUAAUUUUUUUGAAAAUUUUUCAACACUGGGAGCAAGCUUGCGAGCAGGGAUUGUGACAGUGAAAGGGUUAACCAACUUAUGCUGACUUACGGGGUAUUUUAAAGGUAGUAUGAGGUGGUUAGCUGUUGGGUUAAGUGUAUUCUAACCUAACCUCUCUGUAAUCUGGCAAAAAUCACUAAUCUGGCAACCUACAGGUCCUGAUGAUGCUGGAUUAGUGGUGGUCAGCCUGUACUGUGACAUCAUCACAAUAUUGAAGUGACUAUAAUUUUCUGUAGAAACAUUGUGUAAAGAUGAAAUUUACACCAAAAUGUUUCCAGAUUGUUGAACCAUUUUUUGGCAAGUUUAAUUCAUUUUUUUAAUUUUUUUGAAUAUUUUUGAUGGUUUUUCGUGCCCACCUUUUAAUUAAAAAAUAUCUUAACCUAUUUUGGGUACUCACUGGUUUCUCCAUUCUUUGUUGUUGCUGCAAUGAUAUAAUGAUGUUACAGUCAUACAGUGCCUACAAUGCGAGAUGAGGCGAGGUGAAGGUUUAGGCAUUGUGAUGUUGCGUUAUUCUAUUGACCUUCUGACGAAAAGACAUCAUGAGGAGGAAGAAGACAGAGAGCCACGUUUCUCAGAACGGUGCGCAUUUUGAAACUUAUGAAUCAUUUAUUUCUGGAAUUUUCCAUUUAAUAUUUCUGGGCCAUGGUAAGCCGCAGAUAACUGAAACCAAAUCCACGGAUAUGGGGUUCUACUGUAUUUUUUAAAUAUAAAUGGUCAAAUUGGCACAUACACUGCAAUAAUCCCAACCAGUGUUGAAAGCCAAUCUGAAGUGGCUUUCUCAAAUCAUCAUUCAGAGACCCAAACCAUGAAUGAUCUACAUAACACUGCAGAAAGCAUCUGCACAUGCCAUUAGUUGCAUGAACCAAAAUUGAAAACUUGUAUUUAAUGAAAUAAGUUGCUCUUCUGCUGUGUUGCACAUAUAUGUAUGUUAAAUUUAGUAACUAACUUACUAAUGAAUCUGAAGAUGAGCUAUGGUGUGCAUGCAGUUAAACUACGACAAUGUUUCAGGACAAAUACCAUUAUCCUAAUACAAAAAGUAUCCAUUUUUCUAUUUGUCAUCUCAGUGUUCUCUGAGAAAUGGGGCCCUAAAAUUAAUAAAAUCUUGUACACAUUUCAACAGUUAUCUGGCAUUGUUUAUUUUUAGCUUUUAUGAAAUUAAAUUUAUCUUAGCAUCAUUUAUUGCCACUCUUGAACAUCAUAGGUCUUCCUCUAAUAUGUGACAUUUUAGAAAAUUUGGUGCACCAUCCUUUCCUUUCCUAGAGCUGGAUAAUGGGUGAUUUACUGUAAUAACAUAUUGUCAUUUAACACAUUUAUUCAUAUAAAUAGUUGACACAAGUUACACAGGGGCAGUGAGGUGUGACAGAGAGUAACUCCUCAGGAAGCAACUCCUAUUACUGUUGUGACAGAGACAAGUUAUGUAGAACAAACUUUUAUCAAACACAUUUCACUCAGGAGCGAGCCUUCUAUGAGUUGGUAAAGCUCAGUUCUCAGCAAAACAUGCUAAAUAAAGUUUUGCUCUACAUUACAUGUCUUUCUAGCCACUUGUCAGAGUGUUGCCUCAUCAGCAACAUUGUGACAUGAUUCUUGAUGUGCUAACCUAACACAAAUGAUAUCUUCUGGCAUGAACUUAUUUUUGUAAACUUAUUGUUGCAUUAUUAGCAUUGUUAUGUAUGGUAUGUCAACAUAUGAACAUUAAAAUAAUGCCUGAAUGUGUAUACUAUUACAAUUAAAUAUCUUAGUCCCCCUAAUAAAUUUAACUUGACAGUGUACUGCAUAUUCUACUAGGACACUAGUAUGGCACAGUCAGUGACAUAUUGUAUACUUUACAUGACUGAAGAUGUAGUACACUACAACAUUAUUAUAAUUUGUAUAACAGUUCCUGAAUUAAUGAAAAGUAAUUUACAUCUAGUAUAGUAAUUUCAUAAAAGUUAAAUUUCACUGGUGUUUCUUUUAUAAGGUACAGGUACUUACUUAAAACCAAAUUAAAAAUAUUAUUUUUCUCAGUUACUUUUUAUGAAAUGCAUUAAUAAAUAUGUAUGUUUAUUUAAUGCAUACACUGAGAGCUCACAUUUGUUUGGUAGAGACUGGUAAAGAACUAUAUAACUUGAAUAUUCAUGAUUUUCUAGAGGCUGAAUUUCACAUAUUUUUCUUUAGUUUUUUGCAGAGAGCAUUCUUAUUCUGUGUAUGUUUGUUUAUGUAUAUAUUGAAAGGUCACAUUUGUUUGGUAAGGACUGGUCAAGAAUUAUAUAGAUUUAAUAUUUAUUAUUUUCUUAAGACUGAAUUAUAAUAUUUAUAUCUGUUAGUUUUUACAAAAGGCAUUCAUAUUUUGUGUAUGUUUAUUUUAUGUAUAUAUAGAAAGCUCACAUUUGUUUGAUAGAUAUUGUUCAAGAACUAUAUAGAUUUAAUAUUUAUGAUUUUCUUAAAGCUGUGGUAGCCACCAGUAGUUGCUACCCACAUACUGGACCUGUCAGUGUGAGGUGCCGGAAAGCAGUAGCUUGCCACAUCCUUCCUCACACAUUUAUACGUACUUAUCACUACCAUCCUAAUUCCCCCACCCUCCAUCCUCACCCUGUUAUUUCCUCUACACCUUUCCUAACCUUUCCCCAUUCCAUCCCCUCCCCUCCAGACAACAUAGCUGCUGCUUGCCCCUACACAUAUGUACUAUACUGUUUUGUAACUCUGUUCUGUUUAUGAAACAAUAUUUAAUACCUGUACUGUUUGUCAGUGAAGAUGGACAUUACUGAUAGUAAUAUAUUAGUUAAAAUGGAUGAAACUAGAUACAGAAUGUUGUGGCUCAGGAAUGCAUCUAUUAUUAUAACAACUGGUGUCUAUGGGAAAAUGGGUUUCGAGUUUAGAAUCAUCAGCACAUGAAUAGUUUUCAGGAACGAAUUCAGGUCAUAAGUCGGGGACCUGUAAUGUUAUACAAACCAAAAAUUUUUUUAGAAUGGAAUUGAUAACUUCUUUAUAAACUAUUGUAUAGAAAAAGUACUGCAUAUGUAUAUACAUUAGGGCUGUUUGAUAAUUGUUUUGACAUCAAUAUUGUUACAAAUG